AUGGAAAACAAAGCAUUGAACCCGGCGUUGAUUGUCUGGGAAUUUCUCAGAAGUCAAAUUGGUCCGAGGCCGGCUGGCUCUCACGGGCCCUACGGGAAAGUCUCUACGGAAGCAGAUCUCGCUUCCCAAGAGACUCUGCUUGAGCACCAGGGGAUCACAAACGAUAGAAGUUCGAUCAACUCGGAUCUUUACAGGGGGUGUGUGUUGUCCGCGAAGUGCAUGUUUUUCAUCACGUACGUGUUGCUGGCAUACUCCGUGUUUACUGCCAAGGGAUCAGGUUUAUGCGUCCUUGGAAACGAAGCCAUCUUCGAUGAUCCGCCUGUAGUUUACGAGAGUGUUCGAUUCCAGCGUGCCGGCUUUCACGACCACCGUCACUACACUAAUACCCAAUACGAAGGACCUCCAAAUCACCAGAACGAGGCUGCAUGGGAUCGUCUGUUAAGUGCUGGCGUGGUUGCCAUCUCAGAGCAGGAAAGCUCAAGAAUCACGAACGGGACCGCUUCGGCAGUUGGAAACCCCAAGAAGCACAUUGUGGAACUAGAAAUGUUCCACCAGUUUCACUGCCUGAAAUGGCUCCGUGACCAGUUUUGGCAUCUCAACGCAGUGGUCACAGCAUCACAUGAAUUCGAUGAUUUUCCCCAGAGAGUGAACCAUACUGAUCACUGCAUUGACUACCUGAGACAGGUGAUCAUGUGCCAUGGCGAUAUCACGCCCAUCACGUUUGAGUGGAUUCCAGAGAUUGACGGAUACAUCGCCCACCACAGCACAGAACACAUGUGCCGCAACUUCGACACCAUAUUUGAUUGGUCUGUAAAGAGAAAUACUACUGGUCUAGAAGCAGACGGAAAGCACCAAAACAAGGAAUUGAAGCAUGCAGAACAUUUUGAUUGA